UUAGUACGUUUUCUUGUAAUACUCGGACUUUAUUCUGCUAUUCAAACUUCAUUGUUGUAAAAUUAAAAUAAAAUGAUAUAAUUUUCCAGCCGUAGAAGUGGGAAAAAUGUAAAUUUUUUCACGUAAUAUUAAGACUAUACUUUUAAAAAAAAAAACAUGUUUUAUAAUAAUGUGGUUAAUGUUAUGUAUGCAUUUUUGUCUUUUCACAUUGCAGCCACUGGAGGGCGCUAUGGCCCUAAAAAUAUUUAUUAAAACGGGCCGAUCUCAUGUCAUGCCACAUACACACAGUGCAGCGUUUUCACCACUGCAUCCACGAGUUCAAAUGUGUUGUUGUUUUUUUGUCUUGUCUCUCGUUCUUUCCUCCCUCUCCUUUUCUCUCCCCUUUCUUUCCUCUCGUUGUUUUUCUCGAACGCCUCUCUCUUUCUUCCAGCUCUCUUCUUUUCCUUUUUCUCUCUCUUCCUUUCAUUCCUCUCUCCCCUUUUUUGUUUUUCUCCCUGGGCAAGUUUGUGUGUGUGUGUUGGUCACAUUGUGCCAGAAGGUGGGUGGGGAGGAAAUGAGGACUUUUCAAAUCCGCAGCCCUGCUGCUGCCGCCUGCGUGCUAUUAAUAGCACGCGCGUCUCCCAAAGGCUGACUAAUGACUCUUUGUCUUCUUUUUUUUUUUUUAGUUUUUUUCUUUCUCCCGAAAUCUCGCAGAUGUCGGCGAUGACGCGCGCAGAUGUUCGUCAGACCGCGACGGCGAGGGGCUUCUCAUUCCAGGGAAAUUCACUGAUGAGCUCAUAAAAGGGAGACAGGAGUUCAGAACGUGUCGUUGUCUUCGCAGUGCACUCCACCUUUGACGUGAGGCGUUCACGGACUUGGUUCGCACGAGACUUCAGCUGCGGCCAGACAAAUGCAGCGAAUGCAACUGCGGCGCCGUCUGUAGAAGGGGAGAGCGGCAGAGGCGGACCACGGGGAGCGACGCCUUCGAUUGGGCGCCAUGUCCCUCGGCGCCUUCCGCCUCAUGCAGACGCUGAAGAACUCGCCCGCCGCGCUGCGCCGUCGCUUCCGCCGCGACCGCACCGAGUCGCUGUCCCACGGCGACCCGCUCUUUAAGGUCCACUACCUCGGCACCGAGAAGAUCUUCUCCCUGGACCGGGAGCAGGCGCGAGACGCCAUCGGCCGGCUGCUGGCGGGCGUGGCCGGCGGCAAGAAGCUGAGUAAGGACCACGCCUUGGUGGUGCGACCCCGCUACGUGGAGGUCAAGGAGCUGAGCACGGGCCGGCAGCUCGCCAAGACGUACCUGCGGGACAUCGCGUACUGCGCCGCCGACGCCGACCGCCCCAACGUCUUCCUGUACAUCUGCAAGCACCACGGGCAGCAGCUGCAGUGCCGCGUGUUCUGGUGCGACCGGGCCGAGCGGGCGCGCGACAUGACCGGCUGUCUGGCGCUCUCCUUCCAGCGGGCGCUGAGCGACUGGCAGCGGGACGGCUCGGCCACGCCGCCGCCGUCGCCGCCGAGCGCCGAGGAGUCCGCCGGCUCCCCCGCUGCCAAGAGCUCCACGCUUCCUGCCAGCCUGGGCAAAGUUCACUGGAGGAAGAGGGGCUCCGUGUCCCGAAGCCCACUUCGAGCCAUCACCAGACGAGGGUCCGCCUCUGACAACUGGAGCUGAGCCGACGCCGCCGCACCCCCCCCCCCCCCCCCCCCCCUCCGCACUGUAUGCAUCAGUGGGUCAUGUGGCGUUUUUACAGCUUUAAUAUUCCGAACACUUGCGGCUUUGUGGACGCCGGGACACUGGGCAACGCCGCCACGGCCUCUCUACCCGUCUAGCAGUGUGCAGCGACGCCACAGUGAGAUUUUCCCCUCCUCCACGUGAGCAGCAUUUGCAUCAUGUCGCCAAGAUUUACCUUUCCAUGACAAAAUAAUGCUGAAGGUUCCACUCGUUUUUUUUUCUCCCUGAACAUUUUUUUCACCGAUGUCACGAAAGGAAUUUUUGCUUUUGAAUGUGAUGUCUUUACAAAGAGCACACUCGAGUGCCUGCUUUUUUAAGUGUAAUAUGUACAUUUCAUGAAAUAUGUAUUUUCUGGAGUAUUAAAAUGUUUUUAUAUACA